GUAGACCUUAAUCCCUGAUAAUCUCUGCAUCCACUGAAAGCCGGCAGUCAUGGCCACACCGAGGGAGAAUUCACUGUCUCUUGGGCAUCUGACCGACACUUUCGCAAAACAAAGACAGCACAGGCUGAAAAAAAGUGUCAACACGCCGAUGUUGAUUCAGGCCGACCGCUCGGACCCUCAGAGUCACCAACAUCUCAGGAGGAUGCACCUGCAGCAGCGUCUACAGGAGCUGAAGGAGAGAGAGCUCACAGCCCGGCAGCACAACAGGCAGCUGCUGCAGCAGUUUGAUGAAGCGCAGGACACACUGAGAGGGAUGUUCACCCUCACCGCCAACAUGAAAACUAUUCGGGUGGAGUAUGAGAGGUACCUGGAGGAGAGCGCCCCCCGCUGGCAGCAGCAGCUCAAGGAGCAAACACAGGCUGCUCAGAGGAAGAGAAUGGAGGAGGUUUUGAAGUCGUGCCUAAAGAGCGCAGAAGAUCAAGUGAUGAAGUCCUCUGCAGGGUCAACCACAAAGCCACAAAAAUCUGCUCCACCUCAAAAGCACGACUACACCCAAGAUGGACCUCCUCAUCUCCCCUACAUGCAGCCAGCCUGGCAGACCCACCCUCACACUCAGACUCCCAGGUUUCCCAUCAGAGCACCUCAUCAACCUCAGGGCUCCUCUCAUGUCCCUCCGUCUUCACUCCCACCUCCCAUCUUCUCGCACCCGUUCCACCUCAGCCAUCAUCAGCCCUGGCCUAGGCAGAGUCCCCCACAGCCCGACUGGUCCUGGACCGCAGCAAUGCCCCCAGGGUCUGAGGCCCUGUGGGGUCAGCUCUACACGGAGGAACCCCCACCCGAGAGGGAGGCGCUGGAAAUGAGCAGGGCACCGAGCUCGAAGGGAGAGCGAGGUGGAGGGAGCGGGAGCAGCCUUUUGUCACAGGAGCUGGACGUGAAACCAGUUCGUUUGUCCGGCAGCCCUGCAGAGAGCAGCGACAGCAGCAGGGAGUCCAGUCGGGCGAGUGGAGAGAAGAGGGAGAAGAGAGGAGGAUCAAGGCGUCCUUCCUCUGACAGAGAAAGAUGCAGCUCUCAGGAGUCAUCUGGGUCUUCCAGCGCCAUCGUCGUCACUGCUGCAGUCACAGCGGCCAAAAGCUCCAAAAGUGAUGCCUCAUCGGAGAAGAGCGGAACCAGCGGGAGGGGAAGAAGGAGCGCCGGACUCGCUGUUGGACCACCGAGAGCUGAGAAGGUGGAGAAGGAGGAGAAGAGGAGCAACGGAGAGGAUUCAGAGAGUCCCAAAGAAGAGAGUCAGUCUACUGGUGAGGAGUCCAGGAGCGAAGAAGAGGAAGGGGAUCAAAGGCCUGGUGCUAAAUCACUGAGCUGCAAAGAGGAGUCGGGUUCCCAGGAGGAGGAGGAGGGGGAGGAGGAGGAGGAAGAGGAGGAGGAAUCAGGGAGUGUUAGUUUAAAGAUUGAAGAAGGAGGCGGAGGUCAGGGUAGCAGUUCUGAACAGAGCGGCGAGGGAGUAAAGGAGGAAGACGAGGCACAAGAUAAAGAUCCAGGAGACGGAGAUGAAGAGGAGGAUGAUGGUGAAGAAAAAGAGGAGAGUCAGGGAGAUGAAGAGCAGGAGGUGAAAGGUGUGGAGGAGAUGCAGGAGCAGGAGUCAGAGGAAGAGGGUGACGAGGAAGAAAAGUCAGACAGGUUGAAGAACGAAGAGAGUGGAGGAGAAGGUUCCGAUGAUGAACAGGAGGACGAGAAGGAGGGCGAAGGUGAGGAGGACAAAAUCGAGGAGGAGGGAGAGUCAGAUGAAGAGGAGGAAGAGGAGCAGAGAGGAGAUGAAGCAGGAGAACCAGAGGAGGGAGACUCUGAGGACAGCAUCAUCUCCCCACAGAGCAAAACUAAAAAGAUGCACAUCAUUCCUGAGGAGGCGGGUGAAGAUGAAGAGGAGGAUGAGGAUGACGAGGGGACAACAGGAUCCUCUGACUCUAAUGAGAACAGCGAUGAAGACAUCGACAAUCUACUUGCACCUCAGGAGCAAUCGCAGAAAAACGAGGAGAAAAACGUAAAAGCUGAUGAGAAAGUCAAAGAAACUAGUGACAGAGUGCAGAUUUUUCAAGUGGAGACUUCGCCAAAGAGAGACCACCACAGUGACUCUGAUGAGUUUGAUGACUUUUAUGACUAAAUGCGAGAAGAAACCCUGAGAGUGAAGGACACCGUCCUCCCUCACUCACCUGGAGUUUAAUUUGUUAAAAACAACGUGUGAAAAAUGAGGUGGAACAAAUGUUUUUUUGUUGUUGUUGUUUGAUAUCUAAAUGUUUCAUCAUCAUCAUCAUCCAAAAAAGUAA